UCUGCCACUUUCUCUCUCUCUCUCUCUCGGCUACGAGUUUUCUGGGUGAUUGAAUAAUUAAAUUAAGCUUCUGCUUUAAUGGAAGGACCUUCUUCUUGACACACUUCUCUCUCUCUCUCUCUCUCUUUGCUAUUCCUCUUCUACAGUUUGCAAAUUAUUCUCUUCCUCUCUGAGAUUCGUUACUUUCGAUCGUCUUCUUCAUAAGCUUUCCAUUUCCGGCAUCUACGAUUUUGUUUUCUCUUGAGGUAAAGCAGCAGCGUUGCAGUUGAAGGAACCUUAUUAGUAUUAUUCCAAUGUCUCCGGAAGAGGAGCUACAGAGCAAUGUCUCUGUGGCUAGUUCUUCACCUACUAGCAAUUGCAUCUCGAGAGGAACCACUGUAUCUGUAUGUGGUGGAUUAAAAGAGCAUAACUACUUGGGUCUCUCUGAUUGUUCUUCUUCUGUUGGAAGCUCCACUCUCUCCGCGGGUCUUGUCGAAGAUGACAAAGCCACUUUCAGCCUCAAGGCUACAGAGCUUACACUUGGCCUUCCUGGUUCACGAGACACAGAUCUUAACUUGAUGACUCCUCCAGUAAAGCUAGAUGAGAAGCCGUUCUUUCCUUUGCUUCCUUCUAAAGAUGACAUUUGCUCCUCCUCACAGAAAAACAAUGCCUCAGGAAACAAGCGAGGCUUCUCUGACACCAUGGAUCAGUUUGCUGAAGCUAAAAGUUCAGUGUAUACUGAGAAGAACUGGAUGUUCCCUGAAGCUGCAGCCACUCAGUCUGUUACAAAGAAGGAUGUGCCACAGAGCAUACCGAAAGGACAGUCGAGCACUACGAACAACAGCUCUAGUCCACCUGCAGCCAAGGCACAAAUUGUUGGUUGGCCUCCUGUGAGAUCCUACAGGAAGAACACAUUGGCCACCACUUGUAAGAACAGUGAUGAAGUUGNGUCUGUAUGUGGUGGAUUAAAAGAGCAUAACUACUUGGGUCUCUCUGAUUGUUCUUCUUCUGUUGGAAGCUCCACUCUCUCCGCGGGUCUUGUCGAAGAUGACAAAGCCACUUUCAGCCUCAAGGCUACAGAGCUUACACUUGGCCUUCCUGGUUCACGAGACACAGAUCUUAACUUGAUGACUCCUCCAGUAAAGCUAGAUGAGAAGCCGUUCUUUCCUUUGCUUCCUUCUAAAGAUGACAUUUGCUCCUCCUCACAGAAAAACAAUGCCUCAGGAAACAAGCGAGGCUUCUCUGACACCAUGGAUCAGUUUGCUGAAGCUAAAAGUUCAGUGUAUACUGAGAAGAACUGGAUGUUCCCUGAAGCUGCAGCCACUCAGUCUGUUACAAAGAAGGAUGUGCCACAGAGCAUACCGAAAGGACAGUCGAGCACUACGAACAACAGCUCUAGUCCACCUGCAGCCAAGGCACAAAUUGUUGGUUGGCCUCCUGUGAGAUCCUACAGGAAGAACACAUUGGCCACCACUUGUAAGAACAGUGAUGAAGUUGAUGGGAGGCCAGGUUCUGGAGCCCUUUUCGUGAAGGUCAGUAUGGAUGGUGCUCCUUAUCUGAGGAAAGUUGACCUGAGGAGCUACACUAACUACGGGGAGCUUUCUUCAGCUUUAGAGAAAAUGUUCACCACUUUCACUCUUGGUCAAUGUGGAUCUAAUGGAGCUGCUGGCAAGGAUAUGCUUAGUGAGACCAAGCUAAAGGAUCUUUUGAAUGGAAAAGACUAUGUGCUCACUUAUGAGGACAAGGAUGGAGAUUGGAUGCUUGUUGGAGAUGUUCCGUGGGAGAUGUUCAUUGAUGUCUGCAAGAAGCUGAAGAUAAUGAAAGGCUGUGAUGCCAUUGGGCUGGCUGCAGCUCCGAGAGCAGUGGAGAAAUCAAAGAUGAGAGCUUAAAGAUGGAACAUGAUAAUGACCAAGCUUUCUAAUUAUAUACAAAAUAUGUGCGAUCUUUUGGCGGUGUUUCUUUUUAAUUUGGAAACAUCGAUAUCAACUUAGUAGUUUCUGAGAUUUUAAGAAAAAGAAAAAAGUAAGUAAGACUACGUUUGUAAGGAAAAAUGAAGAAGAAUUAAAAUGAUCCUAUUUUUUUUUGUUGUUUGUUGAUUUAGUCGAACCAGUAACUGGUCGUUGUUUCGUUUAAUGUUUGUUGGUUUGUUUUGGAUGUGUGUUUCACUUUUACUUUUGGUUAUUUGAUGUAAUGUUUUUUGUUA